CUGAUGAUAAGAAUGUUGGGAACAGGGCCGAUGAUGGAGGCCUGGCCUGUGAAGUUUCAGAGGAAAGCAAAUUUGGCUUUUUGGUGUCUGGUCAGCUGGAACUAAAUAAUCGUCUGUGAUUACGAGGAGACCAGCACCACUGAGGUCUUGCUCAUCCCUUCAAGUUCUGGACUCAGAGUUUGUUACAAGCUGCUACUUUUACUGUGGUUCCAUUCUGGCCCUGACUGCAACAGCCCUUGAGGAAAAAAAAGAAUUGUUGAGACUAUAGCAUGAGACUUCAAGCAGUUGCUGCAAUACUGGAAAAAUAAAGGAUCCUGCCAGAUUGGUUCUUCUGUCUGUAGCAAUGUUAGCCUCAAGAAAGAGGAUGGCCAAUUCUUCACGCUCCCAAGUUCUUCUCAUGUGGAAGCCAGACAGGGUUCAAAACGGCCCCCGCGGUGCUGAGAAGCAAACACUCACUUCAAGUCUCUUUCGUGACACUGAGACCUGUCGACAGAAUUUUAGGAAUUUUCCAUACCCAGAUGUGGCAGGUCCUCGGAGAGCAUUGAGUCAGCUCCGUGAGCUCUGCCUUAAGUGGCUGAGACCUGAGGUUCACUCCAAGGAACAGAUCCUGGAGUUGCUGGUGCUGGAGCAAUUCCUGACCAUCCUGCCUGGGGAGGUUAGGGCUUGGGUCAAGUCUCAGUACCCAGAGAACAGCGAGGAAGUGGUGACGCUGGUGGAGGAUUUGACUGAGAUUCUGCAAGAGGAAGCUCCUCAGAAUUCUGCCCUCCCCCAAGAAAUCCCAGAGGAAGACCCCAAACAUGCUUUCCAGGCAGGGUGGCUCAAUGACUUGGUGACCAAAGAAUCGGUGACAUUCACAGAUGUGGCCGUGGAUAUCACCCAAGAGGACUGGGAACUGAUGCGCCCCGUUCAGAAGGAACUGUAUAAGACUGUGACUUUACAGAACUAUUGGAACAUGGUUUCUCUAGGACUGACCGUCUACAGGCCAACUGUGAUUCCCAUCUUAGAAGAGCCAUGGAUGGUGAUAAAAGAAAUUGUAGAAGGCCCUAGCCCAGAAUCGGAAACAAAAGCUGAAGCACAUAUUCCAUUAAAGGAUCUUCCGACAUUCAAACAGGAUGGAACCCAGACCGUCAAGCAGGAUGGAACCCAGACCGUCAAAUUGGAAGAAGCCGAUGACUGUGAUGACUGUGAUGACGGAUUAGAGAGGCAGCCAAUGUAUGACUUCAUGAAGAUUCCGAUGGAUGAAAGAGACUUCAGUUUGAAGUCAGAGAUUUCACAAGAAGACCUUCCAGAAGAAUAUCUUAGUAAAUACGAUAUAUAUAGAAAUGAUUUUGAAAAGCACACAAACCUAAUUGUACAGUUUGAUACCCAAUCAGAUAAUAAAACUUCUCUAUAUAAUGAAAGCAAGCCAACAUUCAAUAAUGUCUCAUCUGGUGUCGUACAUGGGAAAAUACUUCCUGGAGAUAAGCCUUAUUCGUGUAAUGUCUGUGGAAAAAAAUUUAGGAAAUACCCGUCACUCCUGGCACACCGAAAUAGCCAUGCCAAAGAGAAAUCUUAUGAAUGUGAAGAAUGUGGGAAAGAGUUUAAGCAUAUCUCGUCCCUCAUUGCACAUCAAAGAAUGCACACUGGAGAAAAACCAUAUGAAUGUCACCUGUGUGGGAAAGCCUUCAGCCAGCGUGCACACCUUACCAUCCAUCAGAGAAUCCACACUGGAGAAAAACCCUACAAGUGUGAGGAUUGUGGGAAAGACUUUAGUCAGCGUGCACAUCUUACUAUACAUCAAAGGACACAUACUGGUGAGAAACCAUACAAAUGUUUGGAAUGCAGUAAAACCUUUAGCCAUAGUUCAUCAUUGAUUAAUCAUCAGAGAGUUCAUACUGGAGAAAAACCUUAUAUAUGCAAUGAAUGUGGGAAGACUUUCAGUCAGAGCACACACCUUCUCCAACAUCAAAAAAUUCAUACUGGGAAAAAACCAUAUAAGUGCAAUGAGUGUUGGAAGGUGUUCAGUCAGAGCACUUACCUUAUUCGACAUCAGAGAAUUCAUUCUGGAGAGAAGUGCUAUAAAUGCAACGAGUGUGGGAAGGCCUUUGCUCAUUCAUCAACUCUUAUACAACACCAAACUACUCACACCGGAGAGAAAGCCUAUAUAUGUAACGUGUGUGGGAAAGCCUUCAGCCAGAGUGCAAACCUGACCCAGCAUCAUAGAACACAUACUGGAGAGAAACCAUAUAAAUGUAGUGUGUGUGGGAAGGCCUUCAGCCAGAGUGUGCACCUUACUCAACACCAGAGGAUUCACAACGGAGAAAAGCCCUUUAAAUGUAAUGUAUGUGGGAAAGCAUAUAGACAAGGUGCAAAUCUUACUCAACAUCAAAGGAUUCAUACUGGAGAGAAACCCUAUAAAUGUAAUCAGUGUGGGAAAGCUUUUAUUUACUCUUCAUCACUUAAUCAGCAUCGAAGAACUCAUACUGGAGAGAGACCCUAUAAAUGUAAUCAGUGUAACAAAGAUUUUAGUCAGAGAACAUGCCUUAUUCAACACCAGAGGAUUCACACAGGAGAGAAGCCCUAUGCAUGCCGGCUGUGUGGGAAGUCCUUCACCCAGAGUACCAAUCUUAUUCAGCAUCAGCGUGUUCAUACAGGUGCCAGACAUCGCAACAGGUGCCAGACACCGCAGUUGAUGGACAUGACUUUGUUUAAGCUUCAUAACUUGAUUGCCUAAAUUUCAUUUCAUGUGCUGUGUCAGAAUAUUCAAAAAAUCUGAAAAAGUGCAAUAUGCUAGAUAUCACAGUAUCAGAAGUACCAGAAUUAGUAAAAUGGCUUGUCCAUUUAGAUUCUAGUGUGAAACUUAAAGUUCUAUCCACUGCUUAGGUUUCAUCUCAUAUCACUUGAAUUCAUUCCAGAAAGAAAUACUAUGAAAGGAUAUUUUGAAACCUGUGACUCAUCACCUCUUAGUAUUUUUCAAGUAUGUUUUAUUGAGGCCUUAUGACUCUAACUUGGGCAAGUGUCCAUCAAGUAGAUCUCCCACUAGAGAGUAAUAUUGACAUCAGAAAGAAGAUAGAUGCUUUGGGGAUGCUUCAUCCUAGCUUUGAAGCCUUAAAAUAAGUAAAAGGUCCUCCUCAGCUUUUGCUUCCUCUUUUCCCAUUGUAAUCUCCAUGUGAAGCCAGUGAGCUUGAGGAGGAGACCUGAAAAGAUCUUAAGAGAUUUCUAUGUGACCACACUUCCUCCAGGAAGAGACGGCAAUCUGAGAAGAUAGAGGAUCAGGUUAUACAAAACCCUAGACAUGAACAAACUCAGACACAGAUUAAACACCCCAAGCUUAAAGUCAUUAGUACAACGGUAUUUUUAGUUUCACUGGUUUUGACAUCCAGUGUUACCCUGAAGAAAAAAAAGACAGGCUAACCGUUCCCAUUUUUUUUUCCGGGUAGCUUUUAAUUUGAUAAGUGUGCCCAUGGCUCUUACUGUAGCAAAGUCAUUGCUUUCUAUGAAACCCAUUUCCUGAGAGCCUACUGUGCUCAGAAUGCAGACUUCUGAUUGAACCCUUUCAGUUAACGAAGAUCUUUAGAGUAAAGAAAAGGUGAGGACAUGCUCUUAACUCCUUUGCCAUGGAACAAGCAUAAUCCUACCUAAAUGAGUGGCCAAAUACUACCCUAUAGGCCAGGUUAAGUGAGCAGUGAACAUAGCUAUAUAAAUAACGUGAGAAUAAGUAAGAGACAAGGUUCGAGUCCAGAGCAGGGUGGAAAGGAGUGAGGAAGGUGGGUAUGCAAGUAGCUGGUGUGACAUGAAAUAUAACUGGGACCCCUCUACCUAAGGAAAAAAUAGCGGUAAAAGAAAAAAUAGGCUAUUUAUAAGAAGAUAAAAAGGAAGUUAUUUUCAGGAAUAAUUAGAAGCCUAAUACUCUUUCACACAUAGAAGUAAAAUAGAAACUACACUUAAUGUGUUAAGAAAAUGUUUCAUUGGAAAAAAGCCUUGGUGCAGAAACUAUCAGUAAUCAGUAAACAAGAGCUGAGUUCAUGGGUCUUCAACAGCAUAGAAGAAAGGUUGGCAGGCGUCCAUUUUUAACUGCUGCUGUAUUUACUAUCCAUAGCACCACACUCCCAGAAUAUAAAGCAGAGCUUCACUCUGCUCAUUCCUGCUUCUCCGGGGCCUUGCAUAUGAUCAACAUAUGUUGGCCGAGUUGAUGAGUAAAUUGUGUGAAUUAGAGUUGAGUGCUAAGGUAGAAUCUUCUCACGCGUGGAGAGAAAAUGUGUGGAACUGAAAAUAACUUUGUGUCCAUGUAUCACAUGUUUAACAAAUACCAUUUACCGUGUAACAACAGCUUAAGAAUGGAGAAUCAGAAGUAGCGGGACAUCAUUGCCCAAUGAAAGUUCCCAUAACUAAAUGAGAAGAAACAAAUUCUGGUGCCAUAAAUACCUAAGUUUAUAUUGACAAUACAGCAUCACUAGACACCACAAGGAGGGCUGAAGAAAAGGGUGAGAUGCUGGCAUCCUGAGGUUAUCUUUAUGGGAAUGUUUCUUGUUUGUUUUGGUUUUGAUUUUUUUGUUGUUGUUUGGUUGGUUGGUUUAUUGAAACAGGGUUUCACUGUGUAGCCCUGGCUGUCCUGGAACUCACUCUGUAGACCAGGCUGCCUCUGCCUCCCUAGAGCUGGGAUUAAAGGCCUGCGCCACUGCCACCACCCAGCAGUGUUUUCUUAAUGAAAUUGUCACUUUCUCUUGACAUUAAUUACCCUUGACUUCAUACUAGUCACAAAAUUCUGGUUAAAAUACUUAGAUUCUUCUCAUUCCUCAGUUAUGUUAAAAAUAGCGACUGUAUUUACUAGAUGGUUUUUGAUGUUGCUUCAUGCCUUGCAUAAUGCUUCUUUCUGCUGGGGUGAGUGUGGUGUGGUCCAGGCCAUAGGGCAGUGUUUUGUGUUUCCUGCCUUUGUGUGUUUUAUGUAAAUAAUAUAAAGUCUUCCACUGGGACACAGACGCAAGUAAGGCUCCUAUAAAAAAAUAGAAUAAUAGUACAUAAUCCUGUCUUUGUGUGUUUUUCCUCAUUUUAAAGUUGUCUGGCCCCUGAGUAACUCAACAGAUUUUAACAAGCAUUUCCUACAACUUUUUAUUAGGAACAUUGCUAAAUAUGUUUUAAAAAGUUUAAAAAUCAUAAAAUCAACUGUCCCCACCACCACCAUAUUUUAAAGUUAAUAUUUUGCCAGAUUGAAAAGUAUCUUAAAGACAUUUCACCUCCAAAUACAUCUCAUAAAAAUAAGUCAUUCACAUAACUAUAUUACCUCAAAGAAAAUGGGCAGCCCUUUCCAACAUCUGAACACCUAACCCAUUUUCUGGUUUCCUGGUUGAGCCAGGGAGUUUCUUCAUACGCUUUAUUGGAUCUGCUUCCUCUAGAACAGUCCCUCUCGUUUUUUUUUUCAGGAUGUGUUGAUCAUCACAUUCGGGAUUUAGUUUAUACAUGGUUUGUGUGUGGUGUCAUGUCUAUCCUGAAGCUUCUGUAUAUUAGAAGUUGAGGCCAAAGGCUUAGCUGAGCUCAGGUUAACCAUCUUUAACCAUAGCAUUUCACAGUUUCAUUGCCAAAACUCACUGUCAGGCCAACACGCUGUUGGUGAUGUGACACUUGGCUGUUGAGGUGGUACCCACCAGAUUGUCCCAAUGUCAUUCUUCCUGUUGUGGUUAACCAUCUGUGGGCUGACACUUGGGCAGUGUGGCUGUCCUCUUAACCAACAAGUUUGUACCUAGUCAUAUCGUUACCUAACAGUAAUCUUUGCCUGGGUCAAUCAUUAAGGUCUGCAAAACAUAGUUUUCUCUCGCUCUUUUCACAUUUGGUGAGCAGUAUUCCGUAAGGAAGAAUGUUCCUGCAUUAGCUGAUGCAUUAGAAGCAAGAUCAUGCUUAGCUCUUUUCCACUGAUUAGCCAGCCAAUUUAGGAGUUUUUUGUGUUAUCUACAGUGAUGACAGAUGAGUCAGUGUGUUAGUCAGUCACAGUUUCUGUCACCCCAUCUGGAAUUGUCUCUAGUCUCUGGGUACUUUAUUGCCUUCUAACACAAGGUGUCUCAAGUUCAUCCUUCAUUUCCAUUGCCCAAAACCUGGAUGGAAACAGCUCUCCUGAAACUCCUGGCUCCUUUUUAUAAUGAGCUAUUUAGAAACAAAAUCUGGGCACUCACACUCAGUGAAACUGGAGUGCCAUUAGCAAGUGUUCCCAACCGAACUUAUAAAGAGGAAAUCCUCUCUCCACUCAUUUUGCCAGUUACACACCUAAGUAUUUAUUGAGGAAUACACUUACAAAUUGGGUAACUCGGGAGCAAACCACCAGGUCUCAUCAAGCAUCCAAGUAAAUGGAACAAGCAUGUGCACUGAAAGGAACAGUUAGGACCACAAAAGGUCUGGUACAAGCUCAUCAGCCAUUUGUUUGAGGGAAUGGAGCUCUUCAGUUAAUCUGGCUGUGGGUUAAGUGUAGGGCAGUUAUGAAAGCAAGCAGGUAUAUGGUAACUGCCACACUGUGACUAGUACAUCUCAAUAGCUGUAUAAGCUGGUAACACCUUCCAUCACUUUCAUCUGUGGUGCUGGUUUGAACCCAGGACCUCACAGGUUAAGCUAAUGUUCCACUACAAAGCUACACCACCACAUCCCUACCAUAUUUCUUUGUGUGUGGGUGUGAGUAUGAUGUAUGUAUAUGUAUGUGAUGCACUUAUGUGUAUGUUCAUAUGUGCAUGUGGGUGUGUAGGCCAAAGACAGUGUUGGUUGUUCUCAAUCAUUCACCUUAUUUUUUUAUUUACUUUUUUUUUAAAUUUUAUGUGUAUGGGUGUUUUGCUUGCAUGUACGUCUGUGCUCCAUGUGCAUGCAGCCCUUGCAGCAGCUAGAAGUCGGUAUAAGAUUCCCCUGGACUGGAGCUAUAGAUGGUUGUCAGCCACUAUGUAGGUUCUGGGAAUCGAACCCUGGUCCUCUAGUAGAGCAGCCAGUGCUCUUAGCCAUCAAACCUUCUCUACAGCCCUCUACCUUAUUUUGGGGGAUUGGGUCUUUUCACUGAAGAUUCACUCACAGAUUCCACCUGCCUGGCUGAAUAGCAAGCCCCAUAUUCACCUGUCUCUGACUCCUGCACACUAGGGUUACAGACAGAUGCCAGCACAUCUGGCUUUUAUAUGUAUGCCAAAGAUCUGAACUCAGGUUCUCAUGGCUGCACAACAGACACUCUACCAGCAGCCAUCUCCCCAGCCCCUGCAUCAUUUUUUUUUUUUGAGACGGUUUCUCUGUGUAGCUUUGGAGCCUGUCCUGGAACUCACUCUGUAGACCAGGCUGGCCUCGAACUCACAGAGAUCCACCUGCCUCUGCCUCCAAGUGCUGGCAUUAAAGGUGUGCGCCAGCACCACCUGGCUUGCAUCAUUUCUUAAACUAGUUCUCUGAGGAUCUGUCCAAUGCAAACGUAGUGUUUUGUCUGCCUCAUUAUCCUCCUGUCUCAGCCUCCAUAGUGCUGAAAUUAUCACCAUGGACCAACAGCAGGGCUGAGCAACAGUUCCGAUUUGGUUGGACUACUUUUUAGUAUUUAAACCUUUAAGGUAUGAUGAUUCACUUCUGUUCUUGUGUCUGCUCCACGCAUAAGUCUGUAAAUGGAAUUUGCAUUCUCCAUGUUGCUCUCGACAGGGCUCUGUAUGUCACCAUAUUUACUUGUCCCGUUGAACAUUAGAACCAUUAAAAAUGCUAAGCAUGUUCA